AUGGUGGACCGCCUGCCCGUGGAGGAAGGGUGGGUGUAUGGUCAAAAGCCAAAAGAGCCAGAGGCUCCUCCAGACCUAGAGAGUCUCUUCGAAGCUGCAGGAGUACCUGACAGACUUACUCACGGGGAACCGCCCUUUUCACCUGAGUGGUAUGCUGGAGCCAAAGAGAGGCAGCGGUUGCGGGAUUUGGAGAUAGAGAAGCUUCAAGGACUGCGGAACGAUGCCCGCCAUCAAUGGGCUGAGCUCGUAUGGACAGACUUGGAGAUUUGGCAAGAGAGAAUCGACUUCACAGUUUCUUUGCCUGAGCCUCUUGGGGAUCUUCAAGCGCUGCUUGCGCGGACAAGACAUGAAAGACCAGAUGACAUCUUCGGUUUCAAGGCAAUCCAGGAAAUUGCAGAAAAGGCUGAAGUUCGUCAAGUGCAAGUACGGGCAGAUCUAGCUGAUGCAAAGCAACGCAUGACUGAAAUAGAGGACAAAAUACGCAAACGAGAAGCUGAAGAUGAGAUUGCAGAGAAGGAGCGCCUCGAGAAGAAGCGCCUGGCCGAACAGCGUUUGCAUCCAAGAGAGAAAGAAGUGAAGAAACUCGGUGUCUACGGUGUGUACAGGGUCUAG